AUAGUUAUAGGGAUAAGUAUGAAUGUUAUCACGCACGUGGCGUAAUUAAAUUAAGAUCGUGUGAGGGAUCGUCGCACGGAAGUCCCUACGACUUCCGUGUGUUACCGGGGUAAAUAACAGGACACUGGAGUCAACGGUAACAACGUUUAUUAGAACGGAGUAAAGUUAUUACGGAGCACGCCGGUAAGGCGUGUAGCUGAGCGCGAGACCAAUGGCGGACUAUCUUCCCGCCGGAAGAAGAAGGACCCACAGCGCCACGUAGGCGCGGGUCAUGCGAUACAUAGAUGCGCAUGGCUAGUCGCCACACACUCCCCCCCGAGUGUUAACGAUGGAGAGAAUGUUUACAAUAGGCACUUAAGUGGCUAUAAAUAAUAUCACAAUUCGUUGCGGUAGAAACAAUCUUUUACAAGUUAACGCUGCUUACAACUAUGUAGUAUACGCAGGUUGAAUGCGAUUGCAAAACGAAGAGGUAUAAAAUUUCUUAAACGUAACGCUGCUUAGAACUAGAGAGUAGACGUGUAACGUCCCAGCGUCCGGAAAAUUUUGUCCAAAAGUUUUCUCGCGAAACUUGUCCAGAUGCAUGCGCGCUGAGUUACCUUACUCAGUAAUGUGUUUCUAUGGCUCAUUCUUACUUUCGUUUAAGUCGUCAUUAUAUAAUAAUAAUAAUUCAAAUAUUAAGCACUUAAUCGUACUUUAAAAUUACGUACAUAUAUAUAUAAAAAUCAUAUAUUACAUAUAUGUAUACUUUAAGUUAUCUAGCAUUAUUUUAACUCUCUUAUCGGUACGAACACAUAGGCAAUCGGAUCGUUUAAACUUCUAAAUUCUUACUCUCGUAUUGCUUAUGGGUUCGUCGAGGAUUAAUUAACUGUAAGAUAAAUAAGAACCGGAUAUUUGUAAAGGCCCUUGCACGUGCACUGUCGGAUGAUUAAAGAAAUGAUAUCUCGUCAACUGAAUCCUCAAAGAUUCAAAUGGAACGGUUCUAAAACAAAAUCUGCUAUUAUCAACACGACGGCGACAGGAUGUCGCGCCUAAAGAAAUACAAUACGAAAUUAAUCCGCGUAAUAUCCGGACUGCGUGUCGGAAGAUCAGGUGAACCAUAGCUAGGCAUUUAACAUAAACAGUUCGUAAGAUAUAUCCAUUUCACGUUGGCGACGAGAUGUCGCGCCCAAGAAAUAAUUAAGAUUGAUAAACCGGCGAGAUAUUUGGUAGUGAAAGCGAUCCUAGCCGAAAAGUAUCCCGGAUCAAAUGAUCGACGAAAUCCUAGACGAGAUAUCUCCGAUAAACAUCCGCACACGUGCAAACGGUCUCACGCGCCUUAUCAGCGACCCCCGAAACUCGGUUCCCGCCAAGCCGCCGAAUCACUCCCACUCUUACCGACUCUUGCGCUUCGCGCGUGUUCCCUACUCCGGAGCGCUAGCGGCCGCUGAGCGCAGCGCCGAUUUUGCUCGAUCCCUUUGUCCGCGCCCUAUUUAAACCCGCGCACAGACGCCGGAUCAUUCAUUCAUAUUCAUUCAUUCUCUCAGUAUUUUUUCGACACUCGUUCAGUACCAAUUCAGCGAUUAAGUCAGUCAUUAGUUCUCGGUCACGCGUCACUCUUCAAUCUUCAAGUUAUCUGCAACCUCUCUCGUACUUCGCGAUCAACUCAUUGUUAAUUAAGUUAACCAGUGCGUGCUCCGACAGACUGCUACCACCAACAUAUCUCUGCGACCAUCUUCAACUGUCAAACCACAUCAACCAUUUAAUUAUUAGUGGACCAAACUAUUGCUUCAAACCAUAUUAUAACUCGUACAACCCUCUCCCCUCCCUUGUGCCGCGAUGAAUUCCACAACACCUAAAACCAUCAAGAAAAAUCGCCACCGCGCUGGGAAAAGGAAAAGAGCAAAAAUCCUCAAGGCUCAACAAAAAGCCCUAGAGCGGGCUUUCGAGGAGAUUGAAAAUUUCGUGGGUUACCCGCUGGAACACACCCCCCUUCCUCCUCCAGUCACAGACGCUCCGCCAGGAAGAGCGAUCUCUUCCUUUGAUCUGUUCCAAGAAGACACCGUCCCUUUGGAAAACUAUAACCAGUUAACGUCUAACGCGCCCGAAAUAAUCACGCUUAGCGAUUCCGAUCACGAUUCUCCGGAGUUGGAACCUUUAGAUCCAACUGCGGAAUACCAUAGCGAUGCAGUAGCGCAGAUUAUUAUAUUUCCGCCAGAGAAUUAAAUAAUACAUGUAAUAAUCCUAUACGUUGUUUUAUUAAUAAAUAUAUACAUAUAUAUAUAUCCAGAUUCAUUAAUCUUAACUACAUCAAGGUCAUACUAACCAAAUCCUACAAGGUUUUCCAUCGGCAACAAGCUCUCGCCAUACCCGGGUAGAGUUCGUGUAAGCGGGCUGCCCGAAAUUUGAAAGGAGAGCUCCCGCGUCGGUCAGGCGACCGAGGCGUCGCGACGCACACAUUGAGAAGAAAUAUCCCUAGACCCGGACGUUACAGUAGUGGUCUUAAUUUUGGUGGCAGCGGUGGGAUAUGAAAUUUGGAAGUUGCCUGUGAAAACCGAGUAAAGACAGUUGUAUUGAAUAUCUUUCACACAAAUCCUUUUAAUAAAUUCAUUUUUCUCUACACCUUUUAAAAAUGGCUCAUAACACACGAUCACAAAGCUCCCGUGCUUCCUCUGAAUCCGGAGAACUCUCCCAAGC